UUUGGCUUAGCUUGAUACUCGAUAGUUCCGUAGUCUGUGCUCUGAAAUAAACACUGACGUUUUUUUUUUUUUUAAGUGUAAACAGUGUUGGACUAGAUCUAUAUCUAACAUUAGCCAUGCGAGCACUCAUUACUAUUUUAUUACUUUUCCUUAGGGAUGCAGCAGAAGGAGAAGGUCACAAAUCAAUAAUCACAGCCCCUCCAUGCUACAACUGUGAUGGACAUGCCAACCGGUUCCCAGAAUGUCUAAGUACGACAAGAUAUUGCCACGCAGAUGAGGUAUGCUCGAUUACUUAUCUUAUUGCUGAGCCUAUCAUUAAAUGUCACAAGGACAAUGACUGUAUCAAGGAAAUGAAUAACACACAUGGAGAUUGUGAAGGGGGUGGACAAUUGAUACAUAAUGGACUAUGUCAUCGUUGUUGUAGCACUGCUGAGUGCUUGAGGCAGAUGAGUGAUGCCAUAAAGAACAGCCACAAUAUUAUGUCUACAAAUCAGAACACAGUGUCAACAACGAUGUCUUCCACGUCCUCAACGGUACCAACGACAAGUGUACACAUCACAUCAAUGGGAACAUCUCUAGCUAAUAUUGGAGCUUCUCAUGCUAAAGAUUCUCCAGUACGAUGCAUGUCUUGUUUUGGUGAGGAUUGUAAGACGACAUUGGAUCUUGACACGUGUCCUAGUGGGUUUUGUAAAAACUUUGUGUACUACACCAAUAGCGGAUUACAUGCAGAGAAAGGGUGUGCCACCAAAGAACAGUGUGAUCUUAUGUGGACCUUACAGCCAGCCUCAACCCAACUCAGCUGUAUCCAGGCAUUGAACUCACAACACACAAUCACAUCUUUCACAACGCUCCUCACCUGUCCUUAUUGCUGUCACACUGAUAUGUGUAAUUUACAUAAUUUGACGUCAUCCUCACUGUACCAACCUUCAAUAUAAGGAAAUCAUUGCAAUCAAUUAAAUAAAUAUAUUGGGGCUAUUCACACUCAUACUUAAUAGAUUUUCAAAACACGACUCUUCUCUUUUUGUUUACUCUUUGAGUUUCAAGAUCUCGUUUACGUUCUGUCAGUAAUAAAAUACAGUGAGAAAAAGAAGGGAAAGCGAUAUUAUGGAACUUAAAGUAAAUCGCAGGAUUGGGAGAAAUUUGGAGAUGAAAUAAAAACAAUAUCCAGGACGCCAUAUUGAACAAUCACUGUUGGCAACUAAAUAGUAAACAUUACUUUGUGCUACAAGCAAAAUAAGUUAACAUUGGUUUCUGCAGGACUGACAAGUGCAAAAAUAUAAAUACAUUAAAUGAUUUAUAAAAAUACUUCGCUUGUCACCAAAUGGCUUUUCAAUACUUCUGUAUUCUGUACAACGGAAACACCAAAAAGCUUUCUAUUUCUGUAUUUGCAUUCUGUUUGAAAAUCUCCAAUACAAUAAGUGAAACCUCUUAUUUUUAUCGUUUUAUGUCGUUUUAAGUUUUCUCAUUUGUGCCCAUAAAGUUACAUUGUAUCAAAGACAAGUUGAUUAGUCAUAAAACAAACUAAAUGAAAUCCACAUGAACAAUUAAUGAAAAUUGAAUCCAACUAUUGAAAAUAAUGUACAUUAAAUAAUUGUAUUUGA